AUGACGACUAAGAUGAGUACGAGUGCGUCCUAUGAUGAUACAUUGCCGUUGUUGGAUGCAGAUCGAAGAUCUCGUGAUAGUAUUCAUACUGCACUGUUGGAAGAUAAGACGCCUGAGAUUCUUUUUCAUGAAGAUGCAAUUGGAGAGACAGAUUUGGGUCAUGAAGAUGACGAUGCAGUGUCGACGGACGAAUCCAUUGUAAUGGAUGAUGAUACAACAAUACUGAUGGUAAAGUCCAUGGGACGCGUUGGGGCGAAGGAGAAAUGGGGAACCGAACCUUUGGCGCUGGAUAUGAAGAUGCAAAGCGUGGAAAUUCAUAUAUCUGACGGUCUAGUGGUGAAGAUUGAAGGCUAUUAUGUACCUCAUGAAGAGAGAAAGAGAGAGGAGAGACAAUAUUUUGAAUUACAAGAUGACGAGGUGAUUCUUAAAGUUCAUUUGUUUCGAGUUCGUCGAGAGAUUCAUGCAAUUCAGUUUGUGACAAACGAACGGACGUCGGAUCGAUACGGCGACAUGAAACAUGGUGAAUUGUGCAAGGCUGUGGAAGCUCCAGAGGGCAAAUACAUUGCCAGCUUCUUUGGAGAUUUGUCACGUGGUGAUAAAGAGAUUGAUCUCGGAUGUUGGUUUGCGAACCGACCGGAAGGUAAAGAAGACACGAUGGAAGCUGAAGUUGACGUAGCAGAGAUUGACCAUGUGAAUUAA